CAAAACGAUGACGCACUCAAUGUCAAAUAAAAAAAUAUUGAAAUAUCUUCAGCAGACAUUCGCCAAGCAUCAUAAUAUUUCCGUACAAUUAAGAGUCAAAAGAAAUUUAAUUUUAAAAUAAUUUCAUAUUUAGUGAAAGAAAAAAUAGAAUAAAAUAUAGCCAAUAUGAGUUUCUUCGGAAAAAUGUUCGGUGGUAAAAAGGAGCAGGCUCCCACUACAGGAGAAGCUAUACAAAAACUGCGAGAAACGGAAAAUAUGCUCAUCAAGAAACAAGAAUUUUUGGAAUCUAAAAUUGAUGAGGAAUUAGAUAUAGCUAAAAAAAAUGCUUCAAAAAAUAAAAGAGUUGCCUUACAAGCUUUAAAGAAGAAAAAACGUCUGGAAAAACAAUUACAGCAAAUCGAUGGUACGUUAUCAACAAUUGAGAUGCAGCGCGAGGCACUGGAGAGCGCCAACACAAACACAGCCGUCUUGACAACGAUGAAGAAUGCUGCUGAUGCACUCAAAUCAGCACAUCAAAACAUGGAUGUUGAUAAGGUGCACGAUAUGAUGGAUGAUAUUGCAGAACAACAAGAUGUAGCGCGUGAAAUAUCAGACGCAAUAUCAAAUCCAGUUGCAUUCGGUGCUGAUAUUGACGACGAAGAUUUGAUGAAGGAAUUAGAUGAAUUAGAACAAGAAAACUUUGACAGAGAGAUUAUUGGAAUUCCAGAGCCAGGAGCUACACUACCUGAAGUGCCGGCCGAUGAAUUGCCACAAAAAGAACAAGCGAAGAAAAAAGCUGCUGCUACCACUGCCACCACAACAGCGGUUGAAGAUGAUGAUGAUCCGGAUAUGAAACAGUUGUUAUCCUGGGCAAACUAAUCCAACGCUUUUAAUUUAAUCUCAAAAUACGACGGCUUUGCACGAAGAAACAAACUAUUUUUAAAAAGAAGUUCAAUGAAUAAUAAAAUGUAAUUAAUAAAACACAAAGCUCCACAGAAAAUCCUUAAAUUUAGUCAAGCGAGUGUGCAGCAGUGAUUUUAACUUUAUUCUUAUACACAAAAAGGGGUUAACAAGAACAUUUAAGUAGAUAACUAAAACCAACCCGAUUAUAAAUAUAAUAUGCAAAAUUAUAAUUUUAUAUCGAAAAGAAAUAAAACAAAAAAAUUAAAAAUGAA